AUGGCUGCCCGUCGAACGAACAACGCGGUAUGCAAUGACACGCCUGCAAGGCCUGGUGGCAUUCCAAAUGCACGGGUUUACAGGACGACCAGGAAGCACGAGGGCUGGGAUACUGUCAGGUUGCCCAAGCCUAGACAGGGGAAGUCGAGUGGCGGAGGUCGGGUUCGAACCACGGACCUUCCGGUCAGUAAAUUCGCGCUCUAA